GUAGUGAAUGUUGUAACUUUAUCAUUGAAAUUUGUUUGUAUUAAGAAUUUAAGAUGAUUGUGACUAUACUGAGAGAUUUUGAAGAGUUUUACUCUUAUUUCGACAUUGAAGUGAAUGACAAUGACUCAUUCUUGAAUGUAAAACAAAAGAUACAAAAGCACCGUGGCAUUCCCAUUUCAAAGCAAACACUCUUCUUCAAUGGCCAAAUUCUACAAGACGAAGAUAUCGUCGUCCAAAGCGCUCUCGUUAACCACUCUUGCAUAACGUUAGAAGUCGCUCCGCCAAAUGCAAUCACUCUCCAAUUGAAAUUGCCGUUUUCUUCCAACGUUUUUCCUUUAGAAAUGAAACCUGACGACACCGUUUUGCAGCUGAAGGACAAGGUGUUUGUCUUUUCGGAAUCUUGGUGGCGUUCUGUAGUUGAGGUAAAAACAGGAUUGUUACGAACGGAAUUGAAUUUAACAACUGCAUCGGAUACUAACUAUCCUUUACUUGAUAAUUUUCUGUCACUGAAAGAAAGUGGAAUUUCGAAUGAUUCAGUUAUUUAUGGGGUAAUUGAUAUAACAAUUUUACAACAAGGUGAUGGCGACGGUGAGAAAUUGAUGGUGACGGUGAUUCCGACGAGCAAGAAAGGAAGAGUUAAAAUAAAUGUUGAAGUAAAGGGUUGUGAUAAUGUUGGUGAGUUGAGGAAGAGACUUGAUGAGUUUGAUAACAGAGUUCUUUUACUUCCUGAAGAUAGGAAUUAUUUGUUCGUUUACAAUGAGAAUCUUAUGAGUGAGUUUCAGUCAUUUAAUUGGCAUAAUGUAAAAGAUGGCGAUGAUAUUGAUCUCUUUGAUCAUAUGAAUUUGACUUUCUUGAUAGAGAGACAAAAGUGUGUGACUAUUGAAGUGGGUUUCUUUGACUCAUUUCUUGAAGUGAAAGAGAAGAUAGAAAAGUAUGAAAGCGUCCUCGUUUCAAAGCAAAAAUUCAUGUUCAAUGGCAAACUUCUCAACGACAAAGACACCGUCAUCAAAAGCAACCUUACUCAAAACUCCCUCAUUCUAGUCAAAGUAGUCUAUAACAAGAAAAUUCCCAGAUUCAACCUACGAGUUAGAUUCCCCGGAUACUGCUCACUCGCUUAUGGUGUACAAGUUUAUCUAGACGAAACCGUUUUUCAGUUGAAGAAGAGAAUUCACAACAAAUUCAAUUUCAUAAGAAUGAACGAUAUGUUUUUGUUGUUUUCGACUUACGCAGGCAAUCAAGUUUUGGAUCAUCAGUCGUUGCAUCAACUUAGAGUUAUAAGAAAUUCAUAUGUUUACGUGUUUAUCAAGAAACAAAAGAAAGCACCGGCGAGAGUACAAGUGUCGCCAGCAUUUAGAGGCUGGGGGAGGCCAAUGUUGAAUCUGAAGGUGGUUCCACUGGCUAAUAGGGGAAGAGGUACAAUUGUGAAAGUUCGAAUAGCGUCUAAUGCUAAGGUGAGUGAAUUGAAGAAGGCUAUGGAAUAUCGCAAGAGUAAUGUUCUUCCGAAACGUUGUUAUCUUUUCAUUCAUAAACAGUAUGUGAUGUGGGAAGAUGAGUCUUUUGAGUGGCAUGAGGUUAAUGAUGGUGAUACAAUUGAUCUCUUUGGACACGUUCAGGAGGAUUAG